AUGCUGACUAUUGCUGUGGUUGAUGAAGAGGACCAGAUUCUAGACAUGAGGAAUUCGGAACCCAGUCCGCCUCCAAGAUACCUUGGGUUUGUUGCAGGGAUGUUCUCUGGUGUAACCAAGAAUGCGGUAGGACAUCCAUUUGAUACCGUAAAGGUGAGGUUACAAACUGCACCUGAGGGGAGAUUUAAAGGUCCUAUGGAUUGUGUAUUGCAGACGUUCCGUAACGAAGGUCUCAAAGGGUUUUAUAAGGGGUUCACUCCUCCAUUGGUUGGAUGGGUCCUCAUGGAUUCUGUCAUGUUAGGAUCAUUGCAUUUAUAUAGAAGAUUGGUUAAGGAAAACUUUUACCCUGAAGAGAAAAAAUUGCCUUUAUUAGGUCAUGUCAUAGCAGGGCUAGGAAGUGGAUGGACGGUAUCAUUUGUUGCUGCUCCUAUAGAACAGUUUAAGGCAAGAUUACAAGUGCAAUAUGAUGCAAAGACUAAGUUAUACACUGGUCCAGUAGAUGUCGCCCGUAAGCUUUAUCAAACAUGUGGUAUCCGAGGUAUUUAUAGUGGGUUAUUAGCUACCAUGAUAUUCCGAACCAAUUUUAUUUUCUGGUGGGGGUCUUAUGAAUUGUUCACUCGUUAUUUUGAAGACAAUACUAAACUUUCUAAACCCUCUAUCAACUUCUGGUCUGGUGGAUUAUCUGCCACGGUAUUCUGGAUCUUUGCUUAUCCAGUUGAUGUGGUCAAGCAGGUCAUCAUGACAGACAAUCCCAAGAGAUCUGAAAAGAAGUUCCCAAGGUGGAUUGAUGCUGCCAAAUACAUUAAAGACACCAGAGGUUGGGGUGGUUUCAUGAGAGGGUUUGGACCUUCAAUCUUAAGAUCUUUCCCUGCUAAUGCAGCUGCUUUAGCUGCCUUUGAAGCGGUCAUGAGAGUAUUACAUUGA